AUGGCAGGUACCAGACGCCCAAAGGGGCUUCUAUUCGACAUUGGUGGUGUUUGUGUCGUCUCUCCAUUCCAAGCCAUCUUGGACUACGAAAUCGCAAACAAAAUUCCAAUUGGUUGGGUUAAUUACAGCAUCCAACAAACUUCUCCACACGGCGCAUGGCACAAGAUCGAGCGCGGGGAGGUGAAGCUGGACGCGGCGUUCUUCCGAGAAUUCAACAGCGAUUUCCAACAUCAGCAUCUAUGGAAAUCAUUCCAUGCUUUGCGGCAGAGAAAAGAUAAUCAAUCGUCAUCAUCGUCAACAUUUAUUCUCCCACCCCUCCCCAAGGUGGAUGCAGAAUAUCUUUUUUGGGAAAUGAUGCGAGUCGCCCGCUGCCCAGAUCCAUUCAUGUUCCCCGCUCUAGCGAAACUACAAGUAUCGGGUCAGUUCAUCCUCGGCGCGCUGUCAAACACGACAAUCCUCCCCGCAGACAGUCCAGUAGGUCCACCCGUAGAUGUAAAACGGUUCUUCGAUUUUUUCAUCUCCAGCGCGCAUGUUGGGCUGCGGAAGCCGGAUCCCAAGAUCUAUGCGCUGGCGUUGAAGGAGAUGAACGAUGCGGCGAAGAAGAAGGAAUGGCCGGGCCUUGUUGAGCCUGAUGAUAUUGUGUUUUUGGAUGAUAUUGGGAUUAACCUCAAAUGGGCGAAGAAGGCAGGAUUCCGGACUAUUAAGGUUGAUUUGGGUAAGUCGUGGGAUGCGGUGAAGGAGCUGGAAGAAGUUACUGGUAUGCAGCUGCUAGCGAACGAUGGAAGAGCGAGAUUAUAA